UACAAGAAAAUGGUUCGUCGUUUUAUUUCUCGUCAACUUAUCAAACAAAUAGCUGUGCCAAACAAAAAUCUAUUUCCCCUUCCAACAACCUCAAUAGACGAAAGGGAAGAAAAUUUAGUAAUUUUGAAGAAAAAAAGGCGAAGACAACAAGAUCCUUUACUUAAUAGAACUUUUGCUGAUAAAUGUGCACACCUGACAACAAUCAAUAACAGUACAGAAACUGUUGGAAUCGCUAAAUUAACGUUGCCUCCAAAAGCUAUAGUCAACCCUCGAGUUACCAAACUUUCUAAACUGCCCCUGGAUGCUGUAGAAGCUUUGGGAGGAAUACUUUUGGAUAGUAGAGUUCCUCCAAAACAAUUACAGAGAGAGGCUGAUGUGUUAUCAAACCAAUUAGAUCAACGUCACUUCCCUCCAAGCAUUGUAGAAUUUCGUCAAACUCGCCGUGAAAUUUUGGAUGAAAUUUUCGAAGAAAAUCCAGCAUUUUGUUACGAUUACAAUAUUUAUCAAAAUCGCCCUUUUAUCGAAACCCAAUUAGCCAAAUUAGUUCAGAAAAGAUUGGCUGUUAGAAGAUACAACUGGAAACCUUUAAAAUUUAAAGAUUUGAGACAAGCAACUGUUUAUUGUCUCUCAAGGUUUGGAGGUCACUUUGCUGAAAUGAAGCGGGUGCUUGCCGAAUUUGAUAGAAAUGGAUUUGUUCCUGAAAAAAUAUUGGAUUUUGGAAGUGGAAUAGGCUCGUCUUUUUGGGCAGCAUAUGAAAGAUGGGGCGAUGCUGUUCAAGAAUAUUCAUUAAUAGACAAUGAUUUAUCUAUGCGGCAUUUUUCUAUUGAUUUAUCAAGGGGCCCUAAUUAUUCAAAUAAUGGAGAAUUAAUUUCCAAAAAUUUAUUUUUUCGAAAAGAACUUUUUCCUUCACCAAAACACACUUACGAUUUGGUUAUUUUGCAUAGAACGCUUAUUGAAAUGCCAUCACAAGAAGCGAGGAAAGAAUUAAUUGAGAAGCUUUGGAAACGAACAAAAAAGUAUCUAGUAAUAGUAGAAUCUCCAAUGCCAGAUGCUUUCAAAGCCUUAAUUAAAAUCCGUGAUUUUAUUUUAACUGCUGGUUAUGAUUUUGACUUGGAAAAAACAAAAGAAUUAUUGUAUGAAUAUAAGGCUAUAGAUCAAGAUACCAUUGAAAUGUUGUCUGACAAGAAUUUGCAGACAUAUGAAAAAUAUUGUAGAGCUAGAGAAUUGUUACCUGAAGACGUCAAAAUUCCAACUCUAAUCGACCCCGGUCACGUCUUCGCCCCAUGUCCUCAUGAUAAACGAUGUCCAAAAAUACCCAAAAAAGAAUCUUGUAAAUUUUCUGUAAGAUGGCAAGAAUUUCGUGCAGAUCACAAAACAACAAGUUUAAAUAAAGAUGGAACAAAUGUUGGGGAUUUUAGUUAUCUUAUUAUGGCUAAAGGUGAACGGUCAAAGGAAAAAGAGGAAAAACACCCAAGAAUUUUAAAGUUAGAAAGAGGUCAUCGUUGUGUUAAUUGUCACGUCUGUACGGCAGCUGAUGGAUUACAAAGAUUUAUUGUGGGUAAAAGAACAGACAAGAUAUAUGCAAGAAUAAGGCGUGCAAUGCCUUCACAAUUAUUGCCUGUUGAGUUUGAUUUAAUCAAACCCAAGCAAACGCUAAUUUGUGCAGAUGAUACAAAGGAGAGAAUAGAUGGAGGGAAGGAACAAUUAAAACAAGUGGCUUCAGCAGAGUAG